CAGCACCCUUCACAACCACAGCGGAGAGAAAGCGACCACCACACCACAGGACAGCCAGCCGGGGCAUGGAGUGAAGUUAAAACACAAAUCUAUCUCCUCACAGCACAGCAGCAGAUGGGCGGGUGGGCGUGGGUGUGGGUGUGGGCGUGCGUGGCGGGGCUAGGCGCGGGUGUGGGCUUGGGCGUGGUGAAGCUGGCGGAAGAGGAGGACUGCAAGGAAGAUAUUCGCACCAUUUGUAAGGACGAGGCUAGGAGUAACUUCGCCGUGCUGGAGUGCUUGCAGAACGAGAGGAGAGACUUGCAGGAUGUGGUCAGCAACAAGUGUAAUCAUCUGCUGUGGAACUACAAGAUGAACCUGACUCGCAGUGGCAGGAUCGAGGAGCUGGCCAAGGGUGUGUGUGAGGAGGAGCUCAAGGAAAAUGAAGACUGUCGGCCUGGUACUGAGCCGGGCCACACCAUAUCCUGCAUGACGGAGAAGCUUAAUGAGAUAAAGAACGAGCGUUGCCGGCAGUACCUCCUCCGCCUCGCUGCCAUUGUCUUCAGUGAUUACCGCUAUGUGAAAAACAUGGUUGACAACUGCCAGGAGGAGAUACAGAAGUUCAAGUGUGGUCGCGUGGAGGGAACGGGCGCCAACAGGAGGGGGCAGGGGAGCACUGGGGAGGACGACGAGGCCCCUCCGCCAAGAUACGUGCACUCACAGGGUGCCACGAUUGAGUGUCUGUCUGUCCAUGCAAACCAGCUGGGGGAGGCGUGUCAUAAGCAGAUUCUGAGGCUGGCGGAGCUCCAAUCGGAUGACUUCCACCUGGACCGGCCGCUGUUCUUCUCCUGCCGUGAUGACCGGGAGAAGUUCUGCGGCAAGGUGCGGUCUGGCGAGGGCCGCGUGUACAAGUGCCUGAUCAAGCACAAGACCGACCGCGGCAUGAGCAAGGAGUGCGCGGAGCAGCUGUCACGACGGCAAAAGCUUACCGUGCAGGACUACCGUGCCAACCGGGGCAUUGUGAGGGCGUGUCGUAGUGCCAUCCAGGAGAAUUCAUGCAGGAAGGGAAGCUCCAAUGAUGUGCAUGACGUGAAGCUGUCCAAGAUCCUGCUGUGCCUGGAAAAUGCACUACGCAAAGGUGCUAGCAUUGACGGAUCCUGCAGGGACGAGAUGCUGGCUCACCGCAGACAGCUGAUGGAGGAUUACAAGCUCUCCCCAGACUUGAUGGUGGCGUGUCAGAAGGAGCUGGACCAGUUGUGUCACGGGGGCAUGGUGUCAGAGGGUGGGGGAAGGACCUUGCAUUGCCUCAUGAAGCACGCACGGUCGCACAAGAUGGGGAGGAAGAGGGUGACUGAUGAGUGUAAGAGAGAGCUGGAGAAGGUGGUGAAGGAGACAGACGCAGGGGAGGACUGGCGUGUGGACCCUGUGCUGCACGAGGCCUGUCAUGGUGUGGUCGAUUCCUCCUGCAAAGAUGUAAUGGGAGGCAACGCAAGGGUGAUGCGUUGUCUGAUGCGGCACCUGGAGACCCCGGAGAUGACUUCAGAGUGUGAGCGGGCCCUGUUGGAGAUACAGUACUUUGUAUCUCGGGACUGGAAGCUUGACCCGCAGCUCCACAAGGCAUGUGUGGAUGACGCGACCAGACUCUGCCACGCCAAGAAGGACUGGGCGGAGAAUUCGGUUGAUGGGGUGCAGGUCCUCCCGUGUUCUCUUCAGAUAUGUGUACCACCCCACCGCGGAGCUCAAUGUGCGGGACAAGAGGUGCAGAGGGUGAUGCAUGAGAGGGCUGCCUAUGUAGACCUGCACCCAGACAUUGAGAUGGCUUGCAUGGAGCACCUCGCCCAGCUCUGCUCUCAGAACACUGGGCCCAAGGAGGAGAUGACGUGUCUGCAGGAUAAUCUGGAGAAACUGGGCAGGGAGUGUAAGGAGGUGGUCAGCAACUACACAGAGGCUGAAGCAAAAGAUGUAAGGCUGAAUGCAGAUGUCAUGACCCCACUGCUCUGUCCCUGUUGCUGGGGCGGUGAGUCGUGUGUAUGUGCUCAGAGGGUGGCCCAGCAUAGGGGAGGUGAGGGGGACAGCACCUUAAUGGACUGCUUGAUUCGACACAAGAAUUCGGAAGCCAUGCAAGGACAGCUGAAGUGUCGCAUUGUUAUUGAGCAUUUCCAGCUUCUGAGCAUGAAAGACUACAUUUUCAGCCCCAAGUUUAGGGAGGCGUGCCAGGCUGAUGUGGCUUCCCUUUGCAGCAGGAACAAGCCCAGGAACAAAGCUGAUGUGAUAGAGUGCCUGAGUGGCCACGUUCGCAAUGCUGUGCUGCGCGACAUCACACACAAAGUCAGCAGGCCGUGUCGUCAGCAGCUGCGCCAACAACUGCUGCAACGCCACGAGGACAUCCGGCUGGAUCCUGUGUUGCAGAAUGGCUGUAGCAGGGACAUUGCCAAGUUUUGCAAGGGUGUGGCAUUUGGCAAGGGGGGCGGUGAGUCUUGUGUGUGUGUGUGUGUGUGUAGGUGUGUUUAUCUUGUCUUCCUUCCUUCCCUUCAUCCCUUCUAUUCCUCUAUCUUCCUCCAUGCUCUCAGUUCCAUCACUCCCUCACCCCAUCCAUCACCCUUCACCCCUCACUCCCUCACCCCAUUACCUCCCCUCACCACACCAUCACCCGUAUCACACCAUUUCCUCAACUCUUUACUCCUUUACCACAACUACACAGCGCCAUCACUCAUUCCACCCCAUCACCCCUCACCCCUCACCCCUCACCCUCACCCGCAGGUCCUCGAGUGCUUGCGGACCCACAAAGCAAAUAUCAGCAUCCAGUGUCACCGCCGGCUGUUCGUGAGGGAGCAAGAGGAGCUGCAGGACCCCGGAACGGAUGUGGUACUAAUGGCUGCUUGCAGGCAGAUGGUGGACCGCUACUGUCAUGACGUCAACUCGGAGAAGCUGCUGCAGUGUCUUAAGAGCAAUAAAGAUGCACUGAAUUUCGAGAGCGGAUGCCGUACAGUGGUGAUGCGGAGGCUGGUGGAACAGACAACUGACACACGCCUGAACCCUGACCUCCUGCGGGCCUGCCGACACGACAUGGCCAAAUUCUGCAGUGGCCUGUUUGAGCGGGCCAAUGCGUCCAGUGUGGAGCUCAAUGGCCUGCUGACGGAGUGUCUAAAGGAGCAGCUACCGACCCGGAAGCUGAGCACAUCCUGCCGCAGCCGUGUGGUGUCCCUGGCCCGCACCGCUGCCCUCAACUACCGGAUGGACCCAAUACUGGUGGAGCGCUGCCGAGCUGAUAUGAACAUUCUGUGCCAGGACGAGGCUGACAACCACAUGGAGGAGUGCCUCAAGUUGGCCUUCCAGCAGCAGAAGCUUCGGUCUGAGAUGUGUCGUCUGCACCUGGCCCACAUCAUUGAGACGCAGCGGGCCGACCUCUCCGCUGACCCGUUCCUCAACCAAGUGUGCGGCGUGGAUGACAACAAGUUCUGCACCGGCAUGGAAAGCGGAACACAUUUCUCGUGCCUGCUGGACGUGCUGGAGCGCAACCCCCAGGGCCUCAACACCGAAUGUCGGGAGGCCCUGAGGAAGAGGCAGGAGAUGUACAGUGCUGCCAUCAAGAUGACCAAUAUAGGGUCGAUGAGUGACCUGGUGCGGCACGUCAACGCCUCAACAGAGCGGACGUACCUGCUGAUGGUGCUGUUUGUGCUGGUGGGCGCCAUCUUUAUUGGGGGCCUCUUCUGUGGACGGGUCACCAAACGGACUAAGUUUCUCAAGGAUAGAUAAAAUAUUGUUCUCUAUCCCUGAUCCUUCCCCUCCUCCUCUGCUUCUUUCACUCUCUCCCUCUUGUUAAUCCUUGUCAUUAUCCUCCUCUAUAUUGUUUGUUGUCCUUUCCUUCCUACUGUCACUCUUUCACUUGAUAAUCCUCCUCCUCCUCCUCCUCCUCCUCCUUAUCCUUUGUUUUUUCAUUAAUCCUCUUCUUUUCAUCUUUCAGUUUCUGUUAUCAUAUCCUUUUUUUUUUUUAUCCUUCCCCUCCUCUUCUUUUUAUCUUCCUAAUUUUUUCUUCAUCCUUCUUCUUUAUUUCUCCUCUUCAUCUUUCAUUUCUUUUGUUCUUUUAUAUUCUUUUUCUUUCCCCUCCUCCUCCUCCUCCUCCAUAUCCUUCUUCCUUUGUCUCUUCAUAUCCUUUAUCCUUCCCUCUUCCUCCACUUCCUUCUACCUCCAAACAGCCUUGCAAGGACCUAAAGAUCUGCUGCUGUUUGGCUUUCCUUUGUAUUCCUUUGUAUGUCUUUUUCUAAUCUUUCUCCUCCUCUUUCUUCUCAUCCUUCUUCUUCUCUUCCUUCUCAUCUUCCUCUUUAUGUUUUUGUGUUCUUUUCUAUACCUCCCUCCUCCUCCUCCUCCUCAUCUUUUUAUCUUCUUCUCUAAUCCUUCCUCUCAUCUUCCUUUAUAUUCUUCUAUCUCUUUCACCUAUUCUUCCCCUCUUCCUCCUCUUCUUUCUCUCUUUUUUUCUAAUCCUUGUUUCUUCAUAUUUAUCUCUUUCCUUUGCUUUCUUAUUCUGUCUUUAUUUGAUUUUUUCCUCAUAUUUUUGUUCUCAUUUUCCUUUUUUUCCUAUUAACCUUUCUCUUCUUCCUUUUUCUUUUUUUUUCUUAUCCUCUUUCCUCUCAUUCUCUCUUUUACUUCAUAUUUGUCCUGGAUUCUUCUCCUCUCAUCUUCUUUUCCUUCCUUCUGUAAUCCUCCUCCUCCUCCUCCUCCUCCUCCUCCUCCUCCUCCUCCUCCUCCUUCUCCUUCUCCUUCUCCUUCUUCUCCUUCUCCAUUCCUCAUUUCCUUCAUUUAUUAUUUCCCCCUGUCUAAGAUUCUCACUCUCACAUUCCCUUUCUUCCAUACAUUAUCCUCCUCCUCCUCCUCUUCCUCUUCCUCCAAUUUCUCCAACUCCUCCCCCUUCUCAUCUUCCUCUUUCUUUUCCUCCUCCUCCUCGUCCUCAUUUAUUCAUUCCUAUCCUUCAUCUAAUCAUCUGUUCAUCUCUUUAAUCAUCUUGUGUUUUGUGUAUAUCUGCGUCAGUCCUUAUUAUGCAUUUGGGGGAGUUUUUUUUUUUUAUUGUUUUUUGGCUUGAUUUAAACCAGUAACUCCAGUUUAGUUUGCGCUUUUUUGGUUGGCUGGGCUGCAAGUUUGUAUCGCUUAUAGUUCCGUUCUCACACUUAUUGUAACACUGAAAAAAAAAAAAAAGAAAGAAAAAAAAGACAUUUUGGGUGGAGUGUUACAGUGUUGGACUGUACAGCACCUCAGAGGCACCAACUUGUGUGUGUGUGUGUGUGUGUGUGUGUUUUGCAUGUGGCAUUAGUGUGGCAUUGACUUACAAAGGCAUUAUGCUCUGUUGACUGCACUGAGGGAAGGGAGUGAAUGUGGUUGGGUUGGUAAGUCUGGAGACGAGAGGCCCUACCCUGCAACACCUCCCCUGUCACCUCCACUACUUUCAAAAGGCUGUAGUUGAAGUGAUGUGGGUUCUGAAGGGUGUUUUUACUGCUUAGUGACAGAUUAAUGAGAUUUCAAUAUUACUAACAGGAGAAAUAGCCUUGAGAAACUGGUUAAUCAUCUCUAUGGCCUUUGAAAAUAGUGAUGGGCUGUUUGUGAAUAUAGAGUUUUUAGGAGAAAGAGAAGUAAGGAGGGAAGGAAGGAAUGGGUGAAAGAAGUGAAUGGAAAGGAUGGGAUGGAAGAAGAAAAGGGAAGGAAGGAAAGAAGGGAUGAAAGAAGUGAGAGAGAGAGAUGGGAUACAGAAAGGAAAGGGAAGGAAGUAGUGAAGAGGAAUGGAAGAAGGGAAAGAAGAACAAAGGGAGAGGAAAGGAAGAAAAGAAGGAAGGACAUAAGUAAUAAGGAAAGGGAAGGAAGAAGGAAAGACAAUAAAAAAAGGAAGGAAGGAAGACAGAGAGAGAGAGAGAGAGAGAGAAUCAAGAUAUAUGUAUAGAAAGAAACUAAUUUGAAUAUAUAUGUUGAUGUAUACUUACUUAUCACCAAGACACUCAUAUGAACACACAAAUUAUGCUGUGUGUGUGUGUGUGUGUGUGUGUGUGUGUGUGUGUGUGUGUGUGUGUGUGUGUGUGUGUGUGUGUGUGUGUGUGUGUGUGUGUGUAAUUCUGCUUCUGUUAUUGAUGAAAGAGAAGGGAAAGAAAGGAAGAGAAGAAGGGGAAGGGAGAUAAAUGUGAUAAAAGAGAAGGAAUAAGGAUAAUUAAGAAGAAAAGAAAGGAUGGAUGAGAAAAUGAAAGAAAGGAGUAAGAAAACAGGAAAAUGAUAAAAGAAAGAGAGAGAAAGUGAGAGAGAGAGAGAGAGAGAGAGAGAGAGAGUGGAUGUAGAUAUGAAUGCAUUAAUGUUUGUUUAUUAGUUAUUUCCUCUCUCUCUCUCUCUCUCUCUCUCUCUCUCUCUCUCUCUCUCUCUCUCUCUCUCUCUCUCUCUCUCUCUCUCUCUCUCUCUGACAAUAAGGUGCUUGAAAAUUUAUAAUUCCACUUUUUUUUAAUUAAUUUCACUUACUGCUAUUCACUUUAUGCAUUUUAAGUGUUUUAUAUUAUUCUGAGUUGAUUGGUGAUUUGGAGAAUAUUUUAUUGUGUCUUUUAAUUUUUUUAAGGAAUAAGUUUGAUUUGAAAGACUGAGGAUGGAGGACAGAGGUGGUGGUGGUGAUGGUGGUGGUGGUGGUGGUGGUGGUCUAUCUGUCUAUCUGUAUAAUUGUUUAUCUUUCUAUCUGCUUAUCUAUCUAUAUCUUUAUCUCUUUAUAUCCUUCAUUUCUCUAAUUUUUCAUUCUCUUCUCACCUCUUUCAUCUUUCUUGUUGCUCUUCUUCCAUCCUUUCUUCUCUCCUCUUCUAUAUAUUCCUGCCUCCUCCUCCUCCUCCUCCUCCUCCUCCUCCUCCUCC